UAUGGUGCAGUUGCAUGUGAUGUGAGUGUUUGUGAUGGAGCUCAUUGGUGAUCGGGACGCCCGGCUGUCCGUUCCAGGUCAGACUACAAGCGCCUCCGCCUCGUCUCCUUUGCUGAAACAGACUCAUGCAGGCGGAUUUAAGAAAGUGUGUCGGAUCGAAGAGGAAAGCACGUGUCCGUUCCCUGGCCUGCCGGCAGGUGUGCUAGAAAUGAGGGUUAAAGAGGGCAGCAAAAUUCGCAAUCUCAUGGGUUUCGCCAUGGCACGCAUGCAGAGCGACCCUCGGGACGCCGGUCAAACCGGACUGAGACAAGUAGUUUUCACCGGGUCCGGACGAGCCGUGACCAAAACCAUCACGUGUGCCGAGAUCAUGAAGAGAAAGCUCGGCGGCCUCCAUCAGAUGACCAAGCUGCAGUACAAGGGUCUGCGAGAGGUCUGGGAGAGCCAAGAAGAAGGCGAUUCGGAGGUGACCGUCCACCGGACGCUUCCCUCAAUCAGCAUCUUGCUCUCCAAAGACCCACUGGACCCUCUGGAACCAGGCUACCAGCCUCCGGAGAACAGCUUGUGGGAGGAGAGGAACGGAGGAGACGCUUCACAGACGGCUGAGACUGAGCCUCAGGCGAAGAGAGUCUGUCUCUGAGGAUUAUGGGUGUGUUUAAAGUCAACCGAAACCAGCCUUGAAAGCUGAAAUCUGACCACAAAGGCACAUGCACAUCACAGUCUUGAUUUGCGUUUUGCUCCUGGUUUUGAGCAUGCAGCAUCACUCAUUUAAUUCAGUCUCUUCAAUAUGAUCAGACAUGUAUUGCAAUGCAUGAGCUGACUAAAAACUGGAAUGCAGUUGGAAACAUGCAUAAAUUUGCUAAAUGCAUUGAUAAGACAAUAUAAACAUUAUUUAAAUAUAUAGCAAGUCAAAUUUAAUGCAUUCAGUAAUUCUGUAUGUAUGACUAAAAAUGCUGGUGUUACUGUGGUUUUCAAUGUGCGAACAAUUUUCUGACCUAAAACCGUUUUUUCUUCGGUGGUCCAGAAGCAUGCAAACAUCUCAGAUGGACACGGAAGUGAGAUGGAGAUGAUUUCAGACG